AUUCCGAUAAUACGCGGAAGCGACACAAUACAAAAUGUCUUCUGCUACAAAUGUGUAUGAUGUUCUUGGUGUUAUCGCUGAUUUUGAUGAUGAACUCACCGCAGAAUCCACUCCUGACUCCCGCAAGAAAAAGAUUACGAAACAUCUGCAACAGAUGUCAAGAAUUGGGUUUAAAAUACCCGAUUUCGAAAAUGGUCUGGACUGGUUGAAUGUUUCGGAGCCACUUAGUUUUUCAAAACAACUGAAAGGACAGAUAGUUGUGCUCGACUUCUUCACCUAUUGCUGUAUAAACUGUAUGCACAUUCUCCCAGACCUUGAGGCUGUGGAGGAAGUGUAUCCCCUAGGCUCUGGCGUUGCUGUCGUAGGUGUUCAUUCUGCCAAAUUCCUCAACGAAAAGGUGACUGCCAACAUCACAAGUGCAGUUCUACGAUACGGGAUUAAACAUCCGGUGGUAAAUGACAAAGAUGCCACGCUGUGGACGACUUUGGCUGUUUCUUGCUGGCCUACUUUACUCUUCAUUGGACCGAACGGUGAACUGUUGUACAGUGUGGCCGGAGAAGGUGGCAGGGAAAGAGUGCUAGAAUUCUUGGCAGUGGCAGUGGAUUUUUUCUCUUCUGGGGGUCAGUUACGACCGUCAAGCCUUCCCAUCAGCCUUGAGUCUGACAAGGGUCAGCACUUUGAUCUCAGUUUUCCGGGAAAAGUGAGUUUCUGGGCUGAGCGGCAGUGGCUGCUUAUUGCUGACAGUGGCAACCACAGGAUCCUCAUCACAGACGUCAAUGGGAUUGUGCAGGCAGCUGUUGGGAGUGGUCAGCGUGGCUUUAAAGAUGGCAACUGGUCAGAGGCCGAAUUCUCCUCCCCUCAAGGACUCGUUGGCUACAAGGAUCACAUCUACGUUGCUGACACAGAGAACCAUUGCUUACGGGUCAUCAGUUUGGUGGACAAGUCAGUUGUCACAGUUGCUGGCACUGGCAGACAAGGUUUUGACAAUGAGGGAGGGAAAGUCUCUACUGAACAAGAGCUGUCCUCUCCGUGGGAUGUGGAGCUUGGUAACCCACAGUUGGAGGGUAGUGACGUCCCAGUUUUGUUCGUAGCCAUGUCUGGAAUUCAUCAAGUGUGGGUUUACUUCUUGUCAGAUGGUCCAUGGUUCAAAAAGAGAUCUUACCCAAAAGGCACCUGCCUUCGCUUUGCUGGUUCUGGCAGAGAAGAGAACAGAAAUAAUGCAUACCCUGAAAAAGCCAGCUUUGCUCAACCCUCGGGACUGGCUGUAGGGAGCAAGGGCUCCACCAGCACCCUGUAUGUGGCUGACAGUGAGAGCUCCUCCAUCAGGACAAUAAGCCUGCCCUCUUGCAAAGUGUCUGGAUUGGUUGGUGGGGAAAAAGACCCAACGAAUCUGUUUGCCUUUGGAGAUGAAGAUGGUAAAGGUACAAAUGCAAAGCUUCAGCAUCCUUUGGGUGUGGCAUUACUGGCAGAUGAAGGACCGCUUGUAGUUGCAGAUUCAUACAAUCAUAAGAUUAAAAUUGUUGACCUGGCUACGAGCGUGUGUGAGACACUGGCAGGAACGGGACAGGCUGGGGGAACCGUGAGCCCUUCUGACCUGAAGAAAACAGAAUUUAACGAGCCCGGUGGCGUGUCUGUGGACAGGGAACGUCAGCUGAUUUAUUUGGCGGACACUAACAAUCAUGCCAUCAAAGUUGUAGACUAUACAAAAUGGACGGUAUUUCAGGCAAGUAUUCAAUGCAUCUUCUAUUUGCAGCUUCCGAUAGUUUUCCCGAAAGAUUCACCAAGUGAAAAAGUUGUGGAACCAGAAGGAAAUUACGAAGUUUUACCAGAAAUAUCUUGCUCCGCUUGCGGUAAGGAAGUAGUGCUUUCAGUACCACUGGCAUUGUCACCAGGAGAACAUAUCAACAUGGAGGCGCCAAAUGCAUGGAAGCUCUCUGCUUUUGAUGAAACAGGUCAAAAGUUUUUGGAGACUCUGAACCCUGCUGAGCGGAAGGGAAAGCUGUGUUUCACAAAGGAUAAUCCUACAUCUAGCGAGAAAGCAACAUUCAGGAUCAAUCUGUCCCCAUCAACCAGUCCUGGGCGCGUGAAUCUCAACAUCUCUACUCAGAUAUUUGUGUGCUUAGACGAUGAGAAUGUUUGUUUACCUCCUAAAAUGGGUCAGUUUAGACAAUCAUUGAAUAUUUUGUAGUACAUUCUGUAUUCCACUAUGUCCUGUUAUGACUAGCCUGACAUACUAUGUUGUCAUUUUGAAUAAAAGCUAUGUUUUUUGUUAUCGACUUGCCAUAUAAAGAA